UUACGUAUAGUUAUUCUAAAUUUCUAACUAACUGAUAACCAUACAUUUGGUAGAUCCUUUGCCACACAUCUCGUCCCAACGACCUCUAUCACCUUGAAUCAAAAUUUUUAGUUAACAAAUAUGGCCACAAUUAAAUCCAAAAAUAUACUAUCAAAAGUGAACUUAAUAGCCAGAAGAAACUUUGCAACCACAAAACCUGCCGCUGCGAAAGCAAUGACUGUAAGAGAUGCCCUUAACUCUGCAUUAGAUGAGGAAAUGGAAAGAGACGAAAGGGUUUUUAUUUUAGGUGAAGAGGUAGCACAAUAUGAUGGUGCAUAUAAAGUGACGAGAGGGCUUUGGAAGAAAUACGGGGACAAAAGGGUUAUUGAUACACCAAUCACUGAAAUGGGUUUUACAGGUAUUGCUACUGGGGCGGCAUUCGCUGGUUUGAGGCCAAUUUGUGAAUUUAUGACGUUUAAUUUUGCUAUGCAAGCCAUAGAUCAAAUUGUAAAUUCUGCUGGAAAAACUUUUUACAUGUCUGCAGGAAGAGUUAAUGUACCUAUUGUAUUCAGAGGGCCGAAUGGGGCAGCAGCUGGUGUGGCUGCACAACAUUCUCAGUGUUAUGGUGCUUGGUAUGCCCAUUGCCCAGGAUUGAAGGUAAUAUCCCCAUAUAAUUCAGAAGACUGCAGAGGUCUCUUAAAAGCCGCCAUUAGAGACCCGGACCCAGUAGUGUUCCUAGAAAAUGAAAUUUUGUAUGGGGUUCAAUAUCCCGUUUCGGACGAAGCUUUAAGUAAGGACUUUGUCCUACCAAUUGGUAAAGCAAAAAUAGAAAGACCUGGUAAACAUGUAACAUUAGUCGCUCAUUCUAAGGCAGUUGAAAUUUCAUUGGAAGCAGCUAAGGAACUGGCUGGUAAAGGCAUCGAAGCUGAAGUUAUCAAUCUAAGAUCUUUACGACCACUUGAUAUUGAUACUAUUACACAAUCUGUUGUUAAAACGAAUCAUCUAAUUUCCGUGGAACAAGGAUGGCCAUCCUGUGGCAUUGGGGCAGAAAUUCUAGCCCGGAUAAUGGAGAGCGAAACCUUUUACCACCUUGACCAACCUGCCAUUAGAAUCACUGGUGCUGACGUCCCCAUGCCAUAUACGAGAAGUUUAGAAAUUAUUGCUUUGCCUCAACCAAAAGAUGUGGUGGAGGCGGCGAAGAAACUUUUAAAAGUUAAGUAAUAAAAAUUAAUUCUCCUUUUCAGAUUGAGAGAAAUUAUUGCCAUAAAUAUUAAAAGUAGUGGGUCAGAGAAAAGUGAUACAUUUACAUGAUUAUAUUUUAUUUAUACACUUUAUAUCAUGCUAUUUAAAAUAAUUUUUUUUGCUUCUGUGUAAUAUCAACAUUGUGCAAGAAUAUGAUUGUGAUUUGUUAUUAAUUAAGGCACAUUUUUAAAAAGUAUGUCCAGUUUGAUAUUUUUUUAAUAUAUAUUUUUUGGCAAAUAUUUGUUCUUGAUCUGUUGUCAGUCCUGCCACGCAUUUUGUUUAUACAACUUACCAACUCGCGUAUACUCAACAUUUUUCCUUUAUUGUAUUUUAUAUUGUGUUUUCAUUCAAUUUUCAUCAAGUACAAGUUGUAAAUAGACAAUAAAUUAUAUUAAUUGUU